AUGGAGAACCUGGCAACUCCCUUGGCUAUCCAGAGAUGCAUCUGGGACGGGCGAAUACCACUGGUCAUCAUACUUGCUCCAUCUGAGAGCAGAAGCUAUGACAAAACUGAUCCAUAUUUUGUCUCAUUUCCGCGAGUCUCAUAUCUCCCUUCGUUGCUUCCAAAGCUUCGAGCUUUCUUUGCACCAUUUCUGAUAGAGCCAGACUCCCAGCACCAUGAGGGCUGGUUUGCUUUUGAAGGUGUGCCUCUGAAAUGGCAUUAUCCUGUUGGCCUCCUAUUUGAUCUUUACGCCGGAGCUGAUCCUGCCACCAAGACAGGGUUCGGAAGCGAUGACUCCGCACAGAAUGAAUCUCCCUUGCCGUGGAAAUUAACAGUGCAUUUUAAGAAUUGGCCCACCGAGGACCUUGUUCGCCUCGAUGCGAAUGGCAUGGUCAUGAACGACGCCUUCAUCAAUAGUGUCAAAGAAGCAGAUUUUCUUCGGAAUGGAACAGCGAAGGGCAUCAUGAGUUUAUCUAAAGAAGACUCAUCCGGCCUAUGGAAAGCAGUAGAAGAAGUCGAUCUCCCUUCCUUCCAACGCAUUUCGAAUAUCCUCCUGCCCUCGCCGUCGCAACCAUUUCGCAAUGUACCCAUCCGCAUAUUUCUCCCGCUUCCGCCCGAUGAAGACUCUCCAUCACUGAAGGUUGUGCAAUCACCACUUCCCCCUUGA